GCAGAGGAACGUGUCUGAGAGCUGAGGCACAUCUCUACGUCUCCACGGUUCUCCCUUUGGCUCCAACUCACGAUGAUCCUGGUGAAUCCGGAGCUUUCUGCCCACAGGGUGAUAGAUUUAUUCCACAGAUUUGACAUUUUCCUGGAUUGUUUUUACACCAUCAGAGGGUUGAAGUGGUAAAACACAAGAAGGUCGCGAGUGUUGGUAAGAAUUCACUGAAAGAAGGAUUUACAUCGCUUUUGGAGUCUUAGGAUGGAGAUGUAAUAAAAACAGAGGUGGUCAUAGAACCCCAGGAUAUGACCUGUGUGAUUUCUUCAGGCUGGAUUACGACUCCAGGAUUCCGUUCUUCUUUCGAGUGAGUUAAAGAUCAGUCUUUAUUGUGAAUAAAGUCUGAAUCAGAUUUAUGCAUUCCAGUUUUUGAGUUAUGAAUUAUGUACGGAUUCGACUCGCUGGAUCAAACCUGCAUUCGAGGAUUAAAAACUGGUUUAAUGAAAGAAGUGAGAUUGUAAUGAUCAGUGGGUUACACGUGUGCUUCUGGAGUUUCUGAUGGCAUUGCAGCAGUUGUCAUGACUAAGCUGUGACCUUGCUUGAAGAAUGCCUCCUGUGAUCUCUCCGAAGCUUUCAAGAGCAGCUGAGAGACCCAUCUCUACCGGUUACUAAAAUCAUUCCAUUCCAUUCCAUGUGGCCUGAAAGAAAUCACCAGCGAUCAAGCAUGCAGCAGUAACAAGACUCUGUCCGAGAUUACGUAACGAUAAAACCUGGGACAGAAAUGGUGUGUACCGAGCGAACCUCUGGGACCUCGGUGCCCAAAAAGGAGCCUCAGGCCCAUCAUAAACGCAAAUCCCGCCCUCAAGGUCUUCCGUCACCAGCGCUAUGCUGCGCAUGUGGUUUGUGCAUCAUGCUGGCGGGAAUCAACAUCACCCUAGUGGGUGCCUUUGCCUUUACAACUCUCAUGCCCUCUGGUAACCCUCCCAUCAUCAUCGGACCCGUUCUUCUGCUCAUCGCCUUCACCUUCUUCGCCGCUUGCUGCGUGUGCAGCCGCAUGCCUCCUCCGCAUAGCUCGCGACGAGCCAAAUCCGGGAAUGCGGGCUUCAUGAGGCACCACGGGGCGGCGUUCGAGAUCGAAACAGCGAACACACCAUUCAGGACACGACUGCCGUCCAGCUCAGCCCCACCAACUCGCCCAGCCUGUCUCACAGCUCAGGAUCAGACCGGGAUCCUAACGUGAACUCAAACGCUAAUGUCAAUUUCAAUGCUAAUGCUAGUGCGUCCGCUCCGGAUUAUUCGCUCUUCACUAUGGAUGCUAGCACGCCAAACUCUGUGCCCUCGGCGGCUUUUUCCGCCACUACAGGAAGUGAAGAAGCGGUCAGACUCAUGUUGCCAUCUGACGCCACCUAGAGACCGUAAAUGUAUUAAAAAUGUAAAUAAAAGCUUGGAGGAGAGACGGUGGCACCUGGGUGCCGUUUUGUGGUUUGGUGUUGUGCAUUAAAGCAGAUAUAGCGUAACAAAGGAGCUGGAGGAGUCUACACAAAUUUCACACCUCCACAGGAAGUGAGAACUUCAUCACGCCUAAAGCUAUGUUGUAAAUCUAUUUUUUGGGGCAGAAGUGGCACUUUUUAUGGGGUGCUGUCGUCUACUUAGACACUCUGGAAGCACUGUCUGUAAAGCAGAAUGAAAAUGUUGAAAUUUCUUUAAAUGGUGGAAGCCUCAGAUCUAGGUCUGCUUUUCCUUCAUCAUGGAUGCUAAUCAGGCCUCUGAUUCCAACGAGAAGAUGAAUUUCCACCGAGAUGUAAAUAGCGUCCUGUUCCUCAUGAGUGUUUUAGGACCUUCUGGAAAGCUAAUGCCAAAGUGAACGCUAGCUUCAACAUGCCUUCUCCAGACUUCACACUCCUGCUAAUUGGAGUACAGCAGCUUGGUAUUGAGAGAUACUUUGAAGGAAGCAGAGACGUGGUCAGAUUCAGGUCACCAUCUGAUGCCACCUCGGAGUACAUUAGUGCUUUUUGCUUUUCUUUCGUACGUCCUACAUUUGGAAAUCUAAUGUUUGACAGAAAGGUAUUAAAGGGCUUCUGAAACUCCAAGCGGAUGGAGCCUUGGCGUGUGAAUCACUGUGGCUUGUGUUUCACACGUUCACACUCUGCCACUGUUACUCAGAUUAUUCACAGUUAUGCCGCUAACAAAGACACAGAAUCUGCCGUCGUGCCCAGACGUCUUUGCAGGCGAUGUGACAUUACACAGACUAAAAGCAGAUAUGGAAAAAAAAAAAACCUUCUCACGUUCCAAAUGUCUUUUUACGUUUCUGUAACGAUAGAUCGCUUGUUAAUCAGAAUCACACUGCUCAGAAGGCACUGCCAUUUUCUACAGGAAGGGAAGAUACUAGAGCCAAUAC